UUGAUUGUUUGCAAUCAUUGUUUUAAAAUUAAUCUAAGCAUUCUACAGUGUUUUACUUAAAAUAAAGUUUGAAGAAGUUUAUAUAUCAAGAAUAUUACACAUUUAUAUUAUAUAUAUUUAUGCGCUACUUGCAUAACACAUGUUGUGUGAUUAUUAAUGUGCUUUGUCGAUUUAUUAAAAGUAUAAUUUUUAAAAUUUUCUUGCUAAAGAAUGCCUAAAUCGAAAAGGGAUAAGAAAAUAUCUCUAACAAAAACAAGUAAAAAAGGACUUGCCUUGAAGCAACAAAUUGUGGAAGAUGUUAGAAAUUGUGUUGAAAAAUAUGCCAGGAUAUUUCUUUUAUCCGUACACAAUAUGCGUAAUAAUAAACUUAAAGAUUUACGUUCAGAAUGGAAAGACAGCCGAUUUUUUUUUGGUAAAAACAAAGUGAUAGCAUUGGCUCUAGGAAAGUCAUCGGAAAAUGAAGUUGCAGAAAAUCUUCAUAAAUUAUCAUUAGCUUUAAGAGGACAGUGUGGCUUAUUAUUUACAAAUAGAAGUAAAAAAGAAGUAUUGAAAUGGAUGAGAGAAUAUGAGGAAAUAGAUUAUGCUAGAUCUGGCUUUAUUACACAAGAAACUAUAACAUUACCUGAAGGUCCAAUACCAGACUUUUCACAUAGUAUAGAACCUCAUUUAAGACAAUUAGGAAUGCCUACAGCUUUACAAAAAGGUGUUGUAACAUUAAUCAAAGAAUAUACUGUAUGUAAAACAGGACAAGCAUUAACUCCAGAACAAGCAAGAAUUUUGAAAUUACUUGAUAAGCCUUUAGCUACAUUUAAAUUGAUACCAUUAGGUGUAUUUUCUAAAAAAUAUGGAUAUAAACAAUUUAUAUCUCAAGAUGAUACUAAAGAAAAUUUAGAAGAACAACAAAUGGCUAUGGAAGAAACAGAAGAAAUUGAUAUGUAAAAAAAUAUAUAUAAAUUUAUAUAUAUAUAUAUAUAUAUACAUAAAUUAUAACUUUCAUUCUAAUUUUAUUAGAAAAUUAGAACAUUGUAAAUUUUAUUAGAAAAAUAAACAUAUGAAGGUGCUUAUAGACCUACAUUUUUAGAAACAACUGAUAAAAUAUUCAUCAUUAAUGUAUAUUUAAAACAUCAAAAUUAUGAAAUUUCUCCUUUUCAAUCAUUAUCUAUUUAAUAAAACGAAAUAAUGACGCUACCUCUAUAUUUUUCUAUAUUCUGGAUUAUUGGAGUUUUAUGGGUAAAUCAUAAAAUUGUUAUAUAUAACCUAUAUAAUACAAGAUUAAAUUUAAAAUUAUUUGCAAUUAUAUUUACGUAGAUUAUUUAUUAUUGGUGCUGCGAAAAUUCUUGUGAUAAUAAUCGUAAAAUAAUUUUUGAUGUAAAUUCUGAUAAAAGAAGUAGCACGAUGUCCAUCGAUUCUUCGGAUAUAUCUGAUAAUGAUGAAUCUGUAAAAUGUAAUAGAAAAAAAUUAACAUAUGAGGUGCACGUUAAUAAAUUUAAAUAAAUUUAAAAAGUUUUAUUUGCUAAUAUUUAUACUUUAUUUGAAAACAUCAUUUACUUACUUACUUCAUUCAUAACUAUAAUUUCAGACCAAAACGCGAUGGCCAAGCAGAACUUCAAUAAAUGAAAUAUAAUAUGUAUAUAUAACAUAACAAAAAUUUUUUUGUCAUUAAAAUAGCUUUAUUAAUAUAUUUGCAUCUUAAACAUGAGAUAUCAUAAAUUAAACAAAGUAAACAUUGAAA